AUGGCCUACGUGCUGCCGGUGCUCUCCUUCCACCGCCGCCAACUUCGGCUGCUGCUCGGCAUCUUCUACCUGCACCGAAUUCUCGAAGCCGACUUGUACGCUCUCGGCCACACCGAGCUGCUCCGCGGCCUCGUCACGCGCCAUCGGUGGCAUCUGUUUGGACACGUCCUCCGCGCCUCCACCGACACCCCAGCACAAGCUGCCAUGACCUCCUACUUUGCACCGUCCAACGAAGCCAAGUACGCAGUCAGCACCAAGACGGCGCUGUCAGUGGUGCUCCACCGCGACCUCCAAUUCGUCGGUCGGUCACUGCUCACCACCGAAGCCCUCGACGUCAUCUGCACCACGGCCCAAGAUCGAGGCGUGUGGAAAUGCCUGACCGAGAACACGACGACGAGCCUCGACCACCGAUCGCCCCAGGAUCCGCUGACACGGAUAUGA